AUCAACGAAAAAGAAAAGAAAAACGAAAUGAAAUGAACCCACAAAACCAUUUUCCCCCACUGCCUGCCAUACAGGCCCUACCAUAGAGGACUAGGCCACAGGCAACGCCAAUGUCGAGCACAGUGGGCGAAUGGAGCAGGGAAGAAGAGAAAGCCUUUGAGAAUGCCAUUGCCGUGCAUUGGACUGCUGAUGAGCAUGACUCGGAUGAUGAGCAAUGGGAGAAGAUGGCUGCUCUCCUUCCUACCAAAACAAUUCACCAAUUGAAACUACACUAUCGAAUUCUAGCUGAGGACGUAUCUGCAAUUGAGGCUGGCUACAUACCCAUUCCUACUUAUGUAGGAGAUGAAACUGUGCCAUCUUCGUCCAGUGCAGCUGCCAAAGAUCACCAUGUCAGCCACAAGCGGUCCAACAACAGCUGCUCGAAUGGGUUUCCGGGUCUGGGGCGUGACUCCACGGGCCAAGGAGCGAAAGGAGGAGGCUCUCGGUCAGAGCAGGAGCGGCGAAAAGGGAUUCCUUGGACUGAGGAAGAGCAUAGGCUCUUUCUGUUGGGGUUGGACAAGUUUGGGAAGGGAGAUUGGAGAAGCAUUUCAAGGAAUUUUGUGGUGUCAAGGACUCCAACGCAAGUGGCGAGCCACGCCCAGAAGUAUUUCAUUCGAUUGAACUCCAUGAACAGGGACAGGAGGAGAUCCAGCAUCCAUGACAUUACGAGCGUUGGAGGUGGAGACAUCUCUUCUCAUCAGACGCCAAUUACGGGCCAACAAGCAAAUGCAAAUCCAUCCAAUUCAGCAGCAGCGGCCACACAGCCUAAGCACAGAGCUCCACAGAUUUUUAGCUCGGGAAUGUAUGCAACACCAGUAGGGCAUCCAAUUGGGGGUCCAAGUGGGCACAUGGCAUCUGCUGUUGGAACUCCAGUCAUGCUUCCUCAGGGACACCACCCGCCCUACGUUGUUCCCCUGGCUUACCCCAUGGCACCACCGACAAUGCAUCAAUAGCAUUACUUGUAAUGCACAUGCCAACAGAGUCAGAUUGGAUUAUAGAGCAUAGCUGAUAGUCCUUGGCAUUCUUCUCUGCUCUUAUAAUGCAUUCAUAUGCACAUUCUUAAUUAAAACAUUGAGAACACAAGCCUCAAUUCUUCAUGCAAGCAAUCAUCUCCGCUGUAAAUGAAUUUGAGCAAUUAAAAGUAGUUGUUUUACUUUC